GCAGUUUUUUAACAGAAGCGCUGCAUCUUUUGUCCUCCAGGUGGCAGCACUCGGAUGUGAUAAAUCCCACUGCGCAUGCCUGACUCUGGAACAAACAUGGCGGCGCACAUGACAGCUGUGAGGACUGCACUGAAAGGUGUACACCGUGUUCCCGGCCGGUGGCUCCUGACGCAGAGGAGCAAAACCUCGUUUCAGUGUUUGCAGCUGCCUGCUGCUCAGUGUCGGCAGCUGCACGUCUCCUCUGCUGCCUUUUUGUGCAGCUCCGGGACAGAGCCGCAGAGGAGCAGCCAGCCACAAAGCACAGCCUCAAACCGCGCAGACGACAGGAAGGCCGGACGGGAGGAAGAGGAGGAGGAUCCUGAAUACAUCCCCAGGAGAAAGGCGAAGAACCCCAUGAUGAAGAUUGGCUAUGCCUGGAUGAUUGGCCUCCCUGCAGGUAUCAUCGGCUUUCUCCUGACCAAGAGAGAAGUGGACAAGAACAGACUGAAGCAGCUAAAGAUUCGACAGAGAAUGAAAAGGUCAAACGAGGGUGAAUAUGACGGCAGUCGCUACAGCCAUCACACACAGAAUGUCAAAGUGGACCAGUGAUGUUCGUGUCGGGCUGACAGUAGCUCAUCUGCAUCAAAGACUGACUUCUGAGGAGAACUUAACAAGCUUGAGUUCAAAAUAGCGAUGACAAAUGUAUUUUCAUUAUUUUCCAAGUAGAUAAAGAAGAAUCAUCACUGGUAUGACUGCAGAUUAACCAUACGUCAAAACUCAAAUUCAAAUGUUUAUUUGAUACGAAAAGGCAAACAAAUUUUCCUAAUCACUGAUAUGUAUAUAUACAAACCCAUACACCACAGUGACAGUUUGUGCAGAUUAAAAAUGUCUACCUUAGUUGUUUUUAAAGGUUGUACUGAACUGUGAUCAUGUGCAGAGGGCCAGCAGGGUGGGGUUUUGCAUUUAGGACAGCAUUUCCCAAAUCUCUCCUCGAGUACCACUAGUCCUGCUUUUUUUAAAAUCUAUCCCUGCUCCACCUCAGCUGAUUCAAAUGAUCAAGUCAUUAUGAACUCCUGAAGUUGCUUGGCUUUCAUUUGAGUCAGCUGUGUUGCAGCAGGGACAGAUCUAAAACAUGCAGGAGUGCUGGUUCUUGAGGAGAGGUUUGGGAAACGCUAAUUUAGGAGCUUUUGAACAAUGCCAAAUUAGCUGGAACUCACUGACUUCCAGGAACACCAAGGCACUGAUUGUGUUAUCUGGUGUGGAAAAACUCACCCUGCUGGCACUCUGAGUCCAACUGUAACACAAGAAAAUACACAGACAGUUAUGUAACAAAACUAUAAAAGUUUGUGGAGUGUAUAUAGCCCUGUACUUCUUAAAAUCUAAUCUCAGAAACAUUGUCAUUGUGAAGGCACUGUAGUGAAGUAGAUUGUAUAUAGUUACAAAUAUAACAACACAUAUUAAACAAUCAGCAAGUAUAAAUAUGGGUAUCAUCAUCCUGGGCUUGAAAUGACUUCAUAUUGGAUAGAAACCAAAUUUUGGAGUAUUGUCCACCCCCCUUUCUGUACUCCAGCGCCAGCCUCUACUUGCAAAGUGGAGUUUUAACAUUAAAAUACACACAUUUGCCCAUUUUACCAACAUUUACACAGAGGGGCAUAAGUUCAUGAAUAGAUUUACAUAGAGAGAAAAAUGUUAAGACACUGUCUGCCUUAACUGAAGUCCAGCAAAGGUGAGUACAUGUUGCAACUGGCAUUCCAGCAUCUAUAGGUAUUUGCUGUAUUAAUAUUGUGUUUUUUCUCCACCGAUAAGUUGUUAAAUACAGAUAUAGACAUAUUUUUCAGAAAAA